UUGAGUCUAAAAAAGUGAAAAUACAACGAAGAAGACUGUCUGGAUUUGUUUUCGUAAAUACAUGCUGUUUUGGGGUGGAAUGUUUAAUCCUUAAACACACAAUUGUUUACAGCUUUUAGUAAUUUUUUUAACAGAUUGCGAUGAAGCUCAAAGAGUUAGAAAGCUGCCUACAACAAGUGGACACGUUUGAAGAGCCAAAAAUCCUUCUUGAGCAGUACCCAACUAGCCCUCAUAUUGCAGCGUGCAUGCUUUAUACGAUCCAUAAUACGUUCGAUGACAUCGAGGGUAAACUGGUGGCCGAUCUGGGAUGUGGUUGUGGAGUCCUCAGCAUCGGGGCAGCGAUGCUUGAUGCAAGUAUGUGUGUCGGUUUUGACGUAGAUCACGACGCUCUGGAGAUAUUCAGACGGAAUGCAGAAGAAUUCGACAUUUUCAACGUGGAUUUGGUCCAGUGUGACUUGUGUCAUCUCCAGGAGGAAAAAUAUGCCAAGAAGUUUGAUACAAUAAUAAUGAAUCCACCAUUUGGUACAAAACACAAUCAAGGUGUGGACAUGAAGUUCCUCAGAGUUGCUUUAACAAUGGCAAACACAGCCGUGUACUCGCUCCACAAGACGUCAACACGACAGCACAUACAGAAGAAGGCAGAAGACUGGGGAGUAAAGAUGGAAGUUGUUGCAGAACUACGGUACGACUUGCCUGCAUCCUACAAGUUCCACAAAAAGAAAUCGGUUGACAUUCAGGUGGACUUCCUAAGAUUCUCCCAAGCCUGAAGCUUUUCAUGGAAUGGACUCAGGAUGCCUCUGCAUUUUCAGUGUUGAUAAUAAAUUUCUUUUCACAUUAAAAAAAGAAAAA